AUGUCAGCAUUGCGAUACCGCCCCUGGCGGGCAUUGGAGACUCUCCAGAAUGCUUCCCAAGCUUCGCGUGCGAGAAUAAGCACCCGCCACUCCUUCCACCUUAUUCCCAAGCGCGCCAUCUCCUACAGCUCGACACGGACCCAAACCUCAAACAACAACGGCGCUACCAGCCAGACACCUCAAACCAGCUCCUCAGCAAACUCAUCAUCCUCAUCCUCUUCUCCGCAAGCAUCCCGCGUCGCCGCACCGACCCCCAACCGCCCAACGACAGAAAACAUCUCCAAGAGCGGUCUCGCCGAUAAACCACUCGAGCUCGAGACUGCGCCGGAAGAAAAAAUCGAUUGGACACGGUCGUUCCACGGCCUCUCCGCGGAGCCUUUCCCUAAAGAAGCGGCCGAUAUUUUGUUAGCUGAGACUGCUCCCGAGGAAGUCGAGAUCAAGCCGGAUGGAAUCAUCUACCUCCCCGAGAUCAAGUACCGGCGCAUUCUCAAUAAGGCGUUUGGCCCGGGUGGAUGGGGUCUUGUCCCGCGGAGUGAGAGUAUUGUUACGCCCAAAACGGUGACGAGGGAGUAUGCGCUUGUUUGCAAUGGCCGACUUGUCUCCGUCGCCCGUGGCGAGCAAGAUUAUUUCUCUCCCGAUGGUAUUCCCACGGCUACCGAGGGAUGUCGAUCCAAUGCACUAGUGCGUUGCUGCAAGGACCUCGGCAUUGCGAGUGAGCUCUGGGAUCCGCGCUGGAUUCGAAAGUACAAGGCAAAGUAUGCGCGUGAAGUCUUUGUCGAGCAUGUUGUAAGCAAGAAGAAGUCGAAGAUUUGGAUUCGGAAGGAUGAUCCCGUUGGGUAUCCGUGGAAGGAGAGCGGU